UACAAAAUCGGGAUAAACAUCCCUUUGGUCAAAUAUCUGCUCAAAACGUACAAAUUGAAAUGCGAAAUAUAACUUUUAGAAUAUAUUAACCGAAUGAAAUUACCUCCCUUAUCAAAUAUGGCGACCUCCAUAACAGCACUAAGACCCGUGCUUCUGGUUCAACUACGAUCAGCAUUGUUGCAGCGAGCCACUCCCUCACUCGCCGUGACACCGGUCAGAUGGAAGGUGACGAAGAGUCAGAAGUUGCGCACGCCUCAUGUAGCCAAGGAGAAGGAGAAAUGGGUGAAAGCAAAAGCAGUGAGGCUGGAGAAGGAAAAAGACAAGUCUAAGGAGCAUCCCAACUGGAUGAACAGGAAGCCAGUUGAUGAUGUGUGGAUCAGGGGGCGUUACCCUCCUCAGUGCCACGCCCUAGAGGAAUGUGUGCAGCGACAUAAAGAAUACGCACAUCCCAGCAUGUUUGAUAAUAUGGAUGGACUGCUGUAUGCAGACCUGGAGCUGAAUAUGUCCACAAAAAAGAAGACCAAGUUCAUGCGGAAUAUCAGCUCAACACUGAUGUUGCCCCAUACUUUUGAAGAAAAUGUUGUAAAGAAAUGUGCAGUGUUCUGCAAGACGAGUGAAGACCAACAGAAGGCACGGGACCUUGGUGCUCUCUAUGUCGGAGAUGCAGAUCUCAUCAAGCAGAUUGUUGAUGGGAUAAUUGACAAAAGUGAGUUUGACUUCGCCCUUGCUACGCCGGACAUAAUGGUGGAAAUGCUGGCCCUACGAGGAAUACUGAAGGACAUGUUUCCACGCAAAAGCAGAGGCAACAUGAGUUCCAGCGUGGAGGAGAUGAUGACUCUGUUCCAACAAGGCGUCACCUACACGUCCUCCAAACACUCCGAUGCUGUGGGGAAGUUGCAAGUACCCCUGGGAACUCUGAACAUGACCACUGAACAGUUGGAGGAGAACUUUUCAGCAUAUAUGGAGUCAAUCAAGAAACAGAAGGCACCCAAACUAGGUCAGUUUGUGAGCCAGGCUGUGUUGAUAGCCCCGCCAUCACCGGAGCGCUUUCAUGUGGAGCUGGAGAAGUACAUGGCCGACACCAGCAAACAGAAGUCAGCCAUGGCUGAUGAAGAUGAGGAGGAGGAGGAGGAGGAGAGUGAAGCAAGGAACUGAGUAUCUAGUCAGUGUGCUUAGUGAACUGGAACAGACUUCUCUUGUAUAGGUGUGUGAUAGUGUGAGAGAGGCAAGGAGAAACACACGGAGCUGUGAAUGGUAUUCAAUGUAUUCCGAUUGUUCACCAAUGGCAAGGUGAACUGGAAGGACCGUGGUGGUGGACAUAAAGACAGGCAACGAUGACAGAUACAAUACACCUCAAUCGUAUGUUCAUAUGAGACUACAGCAUGUGAUAUUAUAGUCCAGCUGUCAUGUACGACCCAUAAAUCAAUAAAACUUGCAUCUCCUCGCCCAGUUUCAGUGUUAUAUCACUGGGCACAAACUUGUUGCCAGAAUCUCAGCCAAAAUUGGCAGCGGGUAUUUGUUACUGUCUACAGCAUGUUAACAUGUACCUUACCAUCAGAAACCUUGAGGAGGAAUAACAAGGCUGACUUGGUUCUGCUUCAGUGUAUGUAAUGUGUCCCAGUGUGUCCCAAUAUGCUUCACUAUUCCAGGACUGUGGGUAGACAUGAGAAUUCCCUGUGGAAUUCCAGGUUGGAAUAGAUCCCCAACAACCAUUGGUUAGUUGGUUGUUUAACGUCGCACUCAGUAAUAUGCCAGCUAUAUGACGGCAGUCUGUAAAUAAUCGAGUCUGGACCAGACAAUCAAGCAACCAAUGCCGGUCACAAGAGGUGACCAAAUUGAUUGGUUGGUCAGGCCUGAACCCCCUCUUUGCAAGACAAGGUAAAACCCUGCCUUAUAAUCAUGAAAACAAGUGGCUGAUGGAGGGCUGCCCACACAGUUGAAAAUCUCUCAAUUCUGAAAUGUGCAUAUUCCACCACUCCACCUCAGUCGUGUGCGGACUUGAACACAAGCCAAUAAUAUUGUAAAAAGGAAACACAUAUUAACACAUGUAUACAAAUAUUUAUUCAGAUGUAAAAAUCAAAGAUGGCAACUAUUACAAUGUUUUCACACAGGAUUCAGGAGAUGGCUACAAACAUCCGCAUAAUGAAACCCACUGCAAGGUGAACUAUACUGUCAGUUUUGUGCAUCAAAUAUAUAGUUUGUUUUCAGGAACAAAAACUAAAAAUAUAGUGAUGGAUUUACUAUAUUAAAGCUAAUUUUGAGGUCACGAUUGUCGCAUCUUAUGGAAUCUCUUGGAAUGAAUAUUUUGUAUUUAAUCCAGAAGAUUAAAUUGAGGUCUGUGUCUUCCCUGCAGAAUGUUGAGGGGUUGUCAUUCAUAUAGACACUCAAAUAACUGUUACCAUGGUUACAGUGACAGCAAUGGUAAGUUAGAUGUUACAGAUUAGUAUAUAUGUUUUACUUACCAAUCAGAAGAAGUUAAAGAACAACGAUUUUUUUUCAUAUGUCAUACUAGGGGUGAAACAAUGCGACGAUACCAUACACGAUACGUUCUUCCCUGUAUUGAUACAAAAAGAUACAUUUGCUAAAAUAACCUACCCAAUACACUUUUAAUGACUCCCAGCAUUUUUGUCAGUCAAAUAUCGCAAAUUGUAUUGCCUUUCAAGUUCACUCAAAAACAUAUUUGAACCGGCUCUGAAAUAUUUAUUAACAAGAGGUUUCCACGUGAUAAGAUGUAUGGAUGCGUAUCGCGAUACAUAUCGUAUCGUGACCUUGCUGUAUCAUGAACCCAGUCAUACCAUGACAGAUUAACAAUAGUUAAAUGAAAAACAGAAGGCUUCAUCUUGUUUUGAGUAGAAGACAUCAAUCAGUUGGCAGUUCUAACUUCUAUAUCCAAUAUAUAUGUUCAUCAAAUAAAUAAUAAACAGAUUAUGGCAGAUAUUUCCUUUAUGUUUACAUUCUAAUUUCUCAAACAUAUGCAACAGAAGGUUUCAAGAUCACAGGGGUGUGGACUGCACAAGUAAGAAGCACUCAAAAACAUGAGAUUCCUCUACCAUUAUUGGGUGAGAGAAGAGUAUUCCUUUUCAUGUCAGUAUAAAUUCACAGGAAUAAAUUCUUAGCACUUGUAUUACUAUCCAAACAUAACAUUGAAUAAAUAUAUCUAACAAUAUAACGGUAACUGACAGACUAUCAUAACUAGGAAAAUAGGAUAAAAGCAGAAGAAUCUAAUGUAAUUAUUUUUGGUCACAAUAAGUACAUGGAUACAAUGAUAUCAUGGUGAUCUUCAUCAUCAAACAUACAGACCAUCUAUCAUGUCAGCAAGUAAUAAAAUAUAAUUGUAAGUAAACUAUACGACUCUGAAAUCAGUGGACUGAUGUCAAUAAUGACACAUUUGUGCUGAUGAAGAUGCUACGUCUAGAAAGGAAGAUCAGGAGGGGCUGCACACCAGGGCUAUAACUAUUCACCUUCAGCAUCAGGGCUGUGCCAUACGUCUUGCAAGAUGAACACAUGUAUCUUAAUCAUCAAAACAAACUGAUACUGGUACUUGUUUAUGAAAGGUGUUUCCAUGGUAAUGCCACUUACUGAGACUAUACUCAAGAAUGUCAAGCGUUUAUAAUGUCAUAGUUAUCAAUUUACUUAAAUAUUUUGUAAACAUCUCUGGUCUGCCAAUGUUGGAGAAUUACAACUCACUAACCUAACCUGGUGUUUUUGUGUUAGUAUCAGUUGGCACGUGUGUCUGAUGAAUCUUAUUGCAGCAACGUGAAGUGUUACAGCCCGGUUUCAUAUCAUAAUGAUAAUAUCCAAGGAGUAUUUCAAUAUCAACUUCCGCGUGAACAUCAUACAGCACAGACAGCCUCCACCCUCAUGCUCAAUUACAACCCAAAGUACUACAAAUCAUAGUAAAACUACCGGAAUACCUGGUAACUAAACGAGUUUAUAUUACUUCCAAUAAUAUAGAUACCACAAACUGCCUUCAAAAACAUCUUUUCUCAUCAGUGGCACUAGUUGGAUGCUGUCUCAGGGGUUAAAAAAUACAUUAGUCAUGAAUUAACAGCUAAUGUAAAUAUCCAACAUAACAGAUACUGAUAUUCAGUUGCUUUCAUAACCAUGUCACUAAAGUACACA